AUGAUCGCAAACCAAUCUCGAUGGGCAGUACUGAGGAAUGGCUCCUCUCGCCGGUCAAAAGUGCUCGUCGGCGCCUUGCUCAUUUUCCUGUUAUCCGCGAUCUUGGUACUGCAGCCACACUGGCACGUCGCCAGCUCCGGGCUACCAGUGCCUAGCUUACACCGACCUACACCAGAAUCUACACCGAAGGCGCCGGCCGGAAGCGAUGGUGGCGAUAACGGGGCCGGCUCACGUACAGCUAUUUUGACCCCUGACGCCGACGGGGUUCUGUUGUCUGCGGGAACGCCCAUUUUCACAUCCCCUAGCGGUCGUCAUGCUCUCGUUUUGCAGGAUGAUGGCGAUCUGGUUCUCAAUAGGGUUGAUGACGACGGCACCUCACAUGCUGUGUGGUGGACCGCGACAGGUGAUUUGCACAAGGGCGGGCGCACAGUCGUUCUUGAGAAUAAAAAAGGCCAUGUUCGUGUCGUCUUAAACGCCAUGUUGAAAAACACUUGGACGACGGUUUGGCAUAGCGACCUCGAACCGGCCUGCAAGAAGACGAAUGGAGGCGUUAUGGGACGUAGCGAGGACGACGAGUCGGAAACAAUCGCCAUGGCAAAGAGAAGCUCUGGUCAACUUGAGCUGUCGGAUACAGGGAGACUCGCAAUUCCCGGGCUAUGCGAUUUGUACGUGCCACCGAGUGAGCGCGAAAAGGAGCGCAGCCUGGCUGUCAUCAUUGCCGGGUUGUACAGGACCAACCAUGUCACCUGCAAGACGCACAUGUCGGAACUUAUCGCCGACCACCCGGCUUUUUCAAGAAUCGACGUCUUCGCCUACAUGCUCUACGAGCCCGGCGAUGUAGAUGUGUUCAACCGAACUAAGGAAUCCAUCGAAGCGAGCCUCCGGGAGUGCUAUGGCUCACACUUGCGGUCGGUUGACGUUCUGCCUGUAAGCGAGACAGAGGUGGAAUACCCCGGCGGCAAGGAGGCGAUGAUGGCGACGCCGUGUGGUGAAAGGCUGGGCAGAUUGAACAAUCAGCUGAAAACUGUGUCGCUGGCGGCGGAACGGUGGUGGGCCUGGAGUAUCGCCAACGGAUAUACCCACGAUACAGUACUGCGGAUUCGGCCGGAUACGUCGUUGUGGGCGAGACUUCAGUUCAAAACGCUGGAGGAGCUGGGUCCAAACACGCUCAUUCUGCCACACCCGCGAGGUGAACACUACUUCUACUGCGCCCGUAUGAGCGGACGCGUCGGCGUUGGACCAACCGACCAAAUCGCGUACGGAAGCGCGGCGGCCAUGGGCCAUUGGCUGUACAUGUACGAUCGGUUCCAACAGAUGGUCGACCUUGCAGCGAAUCCCUCUCGACCGGCGCUCCGUGACUUCUCCGGAUGCGAGGUUAUGCCAUCAGGACCCUUGGCAAGCGACUGCUCAACGCCGGCGCCUUGCUCAAUUGAGUGUCUCGUAGCGUGGUACCUCGAGGCCCGCGGUGUGGACUUCCACAUCGAGUGGGGAUGGGAGCAGAACCCUCUGAGGUGGAAGGAUAUUGGCCAGCUUGGCGCAGAGGAAGAGAGGCUGGCCGAUCACGACGAUGAGGACGAUGGAAUGACGUGGGGAUAA